AUGUUUUGCUCAGUGUGUGGCUGUUCUGUUGCCGAAGGCAACAAAUUUUGUUCAAAAUGUGGAAAAGGUGAGUCUGAUAAUAUAAUGUAUGUUGUUUUAACACCAGAAAAGUAUAAAAUACUCUUGAGGAACAGCGAAUUUAUUUAUAGUAGCUCCCGACGAAGGGCCUUGCCCUUGACUUGAAACGUUGAAUUUCGAAUGUAUCCUUCAACUGCAUGCCUACCAACGAAAGCUUGUUUAUAAAAUAAGCUUGUUUUAUAAUAUAUAGUUUAGUCAGUUUUUCCCGGCACUGAAUCACAUACUAACUGAUUAGAAUUUAACCUUCAAUAGACAAUAACAUGCUAAUUUGUAAACAGUAUAUAUUGAGUAUACUUCAAUAUCAUUUUUAAGUAUAUAUUCAGGUUGUAUAAAAAAAAACGCAACCUCGGAAUUUUCUAAAAAAUCCACUUUGCAAUUCUUAAGGAUACAGUAAAAGAUUUUAGGCCCCUGGGAAUUGAAAACGAAUUGCUAAUAGAUCAUAUUUAAUUGCUCUGAAGAUGUCUUAAGUUAAAGACGAAACGUUAGCUUUCAAAUAAAUAUUUUAAAUUAUAAUUUUGUUAUGGCUCUUUUACGUGUUUUAUGCUGGGCAUUAAUAUUUAUCCUAAGAUUACGAUUUCCACCUGGUUCAUCUAUCGCAAAUAUUCAAUACUGUUGUUGUACUGUACUUGUAACGAAAAACCUAUUAUUAGGGGCUGAUUACGUGGAGAGUUUUCAGCCCGGCAUGCAUGUUACAUAAUCGCAAAUAAUUUCAGCUCGGGCUAAAAAACAACCGUUUAAGGCCGGUUGAUUACAUGAAGAGUUUUCAGCUCGGGCUGAGUUUCAGCCCGGGCUGAGUUUCAGCCCGGUUAAACGAGCUGAAAUUGCAUCACGAUUACAUGAGCAGUUUCAACCCGGGCUGAGUUUAGUCAGAGCUAUAUUUAUCAUCAACCCGGGCUGAUUGGGCUGAAAUAAUCUGAGUGUCACGAAAUAGGUCAAUAAGAGUGUUACGCCUUCUUUGAACCAAUCAGACACUGAUUAGUCCACUAUUUGACUUGUGUGAGACUGUGGUUAUAUGUAAAUUAUUUAAAAAUUAAACAAACACGCAAAAUAAAGCCAUUUCAACGGUUGUUUUUUACGCCGGGCUGAAAUUAUUUGCGAUUACAUGCAUGCCGAGCUGAGUUUCAGCUUGGCCUGAAAUUUCAGCCCAGGUAGCUCAAACCGGGCUGAAACUCAGCCCGGGCUGGAGUUUUGGUCAUGUAAUCGCUUGCUGUGUUUUACUAGGAUUUUAUCCUUAGGCCGGGCUGAAAUUUCAGCCCGGCAAACCGGGCUGAAACUCAGCCCUGGCUGAAAACUCUCCAUGUAAUCAGCCCCUAAAUGGCUUUAUUUUGCGUGUUUGUUUCAUUUUUAAAUACUUUACAUAUUAAUAUUUCAGCCCGGGUUGAUAAUAAAUAUAGCUCUGACUAAACUCAGCCCGGGUUGAAACUGCUCAUGUAAUCGUGAUGCAAUUUCAGCUCGUUUAACCGGGCUGAAACUCAGACCGAGCUGAAAACUAUCCAUGUUAUCAGCCCCUAAGUGUCAUUAAAUAAAUGCAUAAAUUUUGUUUAUGCACUCGCGUGUAGCGUGUGUGCAGUAAUUUUGACAGUUGUGCUAUUUUAAAUUCCCAGGCACCUAAAAUCUUUUGUUCUUAAAACAAUUAAUGUCGAUUUCUUGGGAAAUUCCGAGGUUGCGUUUUUUUUUAUACACCCUGUAUAAUAUUGACACUGUCCAUCUUGCAAUUCCAUUGUAGCAGGAAAUAUUUAUCCAAGCAAAGUAGAAGGAAAUUCUUCUAUUUUACCAAUGACAUUGCAUAUGGAGGUAUAUUUUUGUUCAACUUCCUCCCUUAUCAAUCAGUAUCAUUACAAAAUAAUUACUGUUUUUCAGGUUGUUUGAGGGGGAGGGGAGACUUGACAGAGAGAGGUUUUACUGAUUUAUUAUGUUCCAAGAGAUAUGGCAAACUUCAACCUCAUACCCAGGAUCUUUCUUUGGGAGGUUGGGCAAACUUAUGAAAAUAUUCAGGCAAAACCCAAGUGAUAAACAUGUUCCCCUUAUUGUAUGGCAUAUAUAUAUGCACUGAAUCAUUAUUACAACAAAUAGAACUUCCACAAACAAAAUGUAUCAACUUUUUUCACAAAAUAUUAAUUCCAAAUCCUUGAACUCUCCCAUGUGUGCACUUCCAUUUUCCUAGAAUAUCGAUGAAAUUUCCAUUACUAGCUAGAUCUUCUGGUUCACUUCUGGUUGCUUAGUACUAGAUAAAACAUGAGCAGCCGACUUUUAUCUGAUGUGUGGAAAUUGGGAAAACGAGAAAUUGUGUGGAAACACGACGCCCGAAAGGCAGAGUGUUUUCACACAAUUUCGAGUUUUCCCAAUUUCCACGAGUGUUGAUAUAUAACUAUAUAUCAAUACGGAAAAAAUGUUUUAUAUUUGUUUUAUAAUGUAGCACAAAGAAAUAUAAAGAAAUAAAUUUUCCGACGUUUCCGUGUUGACAUUGAGUUAUAUCAACAUGGCUCUUAGCCAAUCAGCGUUCAGAAUUUACAAAUGCUAUAUUAUAAUGUUUUAUCAUGCUUAUAAAAUGACCCAUCUUAUGAGUUAAUUGGCAAAGUAAUUAAUUUAAAAAUAAACAUUGUCUAAGCCGAGAAAAUCAAAGCUGAAGUUUAUGUAUAAAAUCAAGACAAAUCUUUAUGUGAUUUACAAACAUUGAUUAAACAUUCGUCUGUUUUGAAUUUUCUUUAUGAAUUGUUAAUGAGUUUUAUAAGUACUAUUUAAAGCACACUAAUUAGGAGUGUUUUAUCAGGUUUAAAGCCACUGCACGUGACAUAUUAUGGUUGAUAUGAUUUGCCAAUAAGCUUAUGAAUUAUUAAUGAGUUUUUGAAAUACAUUUCAAAAAUCAUUAAUAAUUCAUGAAGCAAUUAUUCAAUCUUGAGUAAGAAAUUAGUCACAUGCAUACGUCUUUAUACCAGCUAAAGAACACUUUAACAAAAGACCAUUGUUAUGCAAACUAUAUAAAGAUUUUUAUAUAAAGAUUUUUAUAUAAAGAUUUUUAUAUAAAGAUUUUUAUAUAAAGAUUUUUAUAUAAAGAUUUUUAUAUAAAGAUUUGACUUAUUAUGCAAACGUUUUUGAAGCCAUUUAAAAAACUUGCAGGUUGUGUUUUAUUAGGUCUAAAGCCACUCGCGCUGCGCGCUCGUGGCUAUAAACCUAAUGAAACACUCCUGCUCGUUUUUUAAAUAGUACAUAUAUCUACAUGCUUCUAAAUUAUAUAAAAUCAAAAUUAUCUUGAAUUAAUUACAUAAAAUUAUGCUGAUCAUUAUGACAAGAUUGAUAAUGGAAGUUUUCAGGGUCCAACACCAAAGUUCCUCACUUUAGUCACUAUAUAUGACACAAUACUUGUGGCUCUGAAUUUCAAAGCUGUUUAAAUGUACAAUAAAACUAAGUUUGCUGACUUUAAAAUUGUGAUACAUGUACCAUAAUUUAGUUAGAAAUUAUUUUUGUAAAUGCAAAACAAUUGUACCCUGUACAACAUAAUUAGGGUUCACCAAUUCAGCUACUUGAGCUUUACAGCUUUCAGCCAUAGUUAUUGGGUUUUAGAUCAUUUUGGCAGUGGCAGGCAAUUGCAAUUAGUUGGAGAGAGAUGAAAUAAUAUUUAGAUCUAUUAAAUACUACUUUACCCAGGUAAUACAUGGAAUGAUAUAAUUUGAACACUGAUCAAAUGCUUUCACUUGCUCAAUUUGUUACCCUCAUUCUUUGCAGGUAGACAAUAGUUGUAUCCAGGGGGUAACUCCUGGUGUGUGCAUGCGGGGGGGGGGGGGCGACACCCCCAAUGUUGUAAUAUUGCAGUUUGUUAGGCGAUUUUUGCAAUUUUAACAACACACUCGUUGGGCAAAAAAAAUGUAAUUCAGGCAAAACAUUUUACAUAAAUUUUUGAAAAGUAAUAAUUGUAUAAAAAAUAACCUCACCCCCCUUCCCAAUCAGUAAUAAUUGUAUGAAAAAUAACCUCCCCCUUCCCAGACGUAAUACCCAACUUACGGCCCUGCAUGGCAGUGUCCUUAUCGAUCCGAAGCUUUUUUAUUUAUUGGCACUACCUACACUGGCACAGACCAUCCAAGAAUACCUACUCGGGACCCUUUGGUCCCCACGUAAGGUAUGCUUGCUUUGGCCAUAAAUUUGACUUCUCCUGAGUUAUUCAAUCACAGUCCUUGUCCUCAAAACGACAUAAGAUAUAGCAGUGGUUUCUUACACUUCACUUGGUGGAAUUAAUAUUAGAAUUAAUAUCAGAAUGGAAUUAAUAUUAGAAUGUUAGGGUUUGUAAUCCAAGUGAUUAAUCUAUACAUUUUAAGACUGCGAAAAAUGCAGCACAAGGUCCUCUGGUAGGAAUUGAACCUAAGGCCGCAGUCGUUCCUGGUCAGGUCUUAAAAUGUAUAUAAUCACUUGGAUUACAAACCCUAACAUUCUAAUAAGAUAUAGCACUUUUAAUUUAAUUUAAUGAAUUUGUCACAAUUACAACAAAGGACAAUUACAUAUUUACAGAAACAAUGACAGGAGAAGGUAACAGGAGAAUUUCCCAAUUGACAACCAACCCCAAGCACUUGUUCUUCGAUUUUUAAAAAUCAGUUAUCUGUGCCAUAAACAAGUGAAAUAGACAAAUAUUCCACUCCAAUAUGUUGACACGCCAUAUAAUUUACUACAAAUACGACCUUCAUAUCUUCGUUUCCGUUCAUCUUAUGACGUCACACUGCAUCAAUAUGGCGACGGAAAAGUUCGCACACGCGAUAACCAACUUCAGAGGUUAAUUUUGGCAACUUCUAAGCAUCGCAUGAUGGUCAAAUAUAUAUGAAAAUGCUUCUAAAAGACUGAAUUUUUAUUUAAGCUAAAAAAAACUAGGUCCAAAAAUUCGCUGCAGUUGCUCUUUAAGCACACCCAGUGGCAGUGGUGUCAAGUAACGAAGCAAAUGUACUUCCGUUAUUUGUGAGAAGUCAGCAUGUAACAAAGUAAACUUUUUCUGGAGUACUUUUACUUGGAACGAAGUCGUUUUAAGAUUAGAAGUAACGUUUUACUUCGUUAUUUUCAUUUUGUGGCGAAGUAUUUCGUUACUUUUUCACAUUUGUUUAAUUUUACGUGAUUUAUUCCUGAUUUAUUUUCAUUUUGGGAUAGGUAAUAGGAUAUAUAUAUAUCUUACUAAUAACAAUAAUUUACUACUAACAACACAUUUAGGCCGCGUUUACACUAUGACGCUACGGCAAAUUUACCGUAGCGUAGUGAUUUGCAUCCGGAGUGCCAAACGUAGUGGUCCAUAGUUAAUACGCUACGGCAAAACCACUUCGUUAUAGUGUAAACACAAUACUAAGAAACGUAGUGAUUUUUUAACGGAAUUGAGUUCCGUAGUUAGUACGCUACGUCAAACCACUACGUAAUAGUGUAAACACAAUAUAAUUCCGUAGUUAGUACGCCACGGCAAUUAAACCGCUCCGUUAUAGUGUAAACACAAUAUAGUCUUAAUACUAGAAACAUAGUAAAUUUUUAAUGGAGUGUUAGCCGUAGCGUCAUAAUGUAAACGCGGCCUUAGAAUGAAGGUUAGACAAAAGACGGCAGGAAUGACACUUUACACAAAUAGUUUUAAACGUUUGCGAAAUGAAAUAGAUUUAUUAAGUCAUCUGACUACAGCUAGCAUUUGAAAGGAUUAUUUUUGAAUUUGUGAAUAAAGGUAUUAUGUUGACGUAGAUUUGAUGGCAAACAGAUUCUGGGAGUCCUACAAUGAAAAUUAUUUUGAAAAGUCAGGGAAUUGAAUAUUAGCACUUGACUGUGAUGCAUGCCUAUUGCAUGUUAGGAUCAUCGGCUCAUACUAUUUCUAAUUAAAUAGCGUAAGGCAUAAGGCGUUAAAGGAAAACACUCAGACAUGAAAAAGUUGUUGAAAAUUUAUAUUUAACAAUUAUAUUUUUCAAUCUGAAUUUAUGUAGGUAUCAAAAGUGCUAGUGAAAGUGAAUGCAAAGUCAAGUCUUUGAAAGAGUACAGAGAAGGUAAAGCCAAAGAGUGGAAAAAGCGUGUUUCUAAAGACCAAACGCGUGGAGAGAGUGCAAAAAAGAAAGCAGAUAGUGAUGUUGUUAUCAACAUUGGUAUUAUGGAAUGGAAUGAUAAAGAUCAAGAACUUAGAUGCAAACGUGGAAAAAGAUUGCCUCUGAGAGUUUCGCCUACAUCAACAUACAGGUCCUUAUUGCAGGAAGCUGAAAAGAAGUGGAAGAAUUUCCAUAGCAAUCUUUACGAUCCUAGUCAAAUUUAUUCACUGUUAUAUGAAGAUGGAAGAAUUGCAAUGUUGCUGCCUGGCUCAACUGAUGAAAUUUUUUCACUCAAGCGUUAUCGCGACGAAAUUGGAAAGGACUAUAAAAGCAUAACCUUUUAUCUUUGUACAGAAUCUGAUUUCAGUAAAUCCGAUUUGGAGUUCGGUGAUGCUUCCUGCUCUGAAUCUACUUCAGGUCAUGUAUCUAGGGUGCAGAAAAUUUCUGAAGAGCAUCGUCCUGCUAAAAAACUUAGACGCUGUGAAAGUCCCAUGGAUGAGCAUGCUGAUCUUGUAGAGGAGCCAUCAGAACAAUCUGAGCAAAUAGAUUUAGAUGAAGAGCUUGCUCGAGAGAUGCAGAGAUUUGAGGAUGAAUCGGCAUUACAAGAAGAACUUGAUUACAAAAAGGAAGAGCAUAUUAGUGACACAUUCUCAGUAAUCAGCACGAUAUCGCAAGCUGUAGAUAAAUCAGAACAAUCGUUCAUAGUUAUACGCCGAGGGGCACCAUUACAACGAACACUUGCAAUCUGGAAAAGAGAAGUUAAAAAGAACAUGUUUUUUAAAGAGACUUUUAAGAAUCCACUUUUCUGGUGAACAAGGUAUUGAUUCUGGAGCACUAGCGAAAGAAUUCUACACCAAGACACUUUCUGAAAUUGGUUGUAAGAUGUUCCCUUGUGGAAGUCCAGUCGAUUCCACCUCCAAUAUUGAAAAUGGUAGUUUGAUUGCUUGUGGUGAAAUUGUGGCAACCAGUUUAUCCCAGGGUGGACCAGCACCUAAAUUUCUUGAUGAAAGUGUCUACAUGCUCAUGGUGAAUCCAGAUGUCAAUAUGAGUGGACUCGAUGCAAACAAACAUUUGACUUUAGCUGACAGAAGCUUUCUCACAGCAGUGAGAAAUAAUAUUCCAUUGCACCAAGAAGCCAUACUUGAACAUGGUUACACUGGUGUCAUCGACGAGGCUCACACAGAAGAGAUCAUGAAAUCCAUCAUCAUCAGCAUUGUUAUGAAAAGAGUUGUUUACUUGAAAGAGUUCAUGAAUGAGCUUGGUGUAUUUGGGCUUGCAAGAUUGGUCGCUGCUUAUCCUGAAGUUUGCAAGUUAUUGUUUGUCAUUGAUUCACAGAAUCAAAAUGUCGUUGAUGCAAAUUACCUCUAUUCCAUUAUGGUCCCAGAAUAUUCCCCAGAAGGAAGUUCAAAGAGAUGCACCGAAGAAAAUAUAAUGGAUCACUUUCAAGAUUUUUUAUUCAAGCUUGAGGAUGAAGAAAACGUGGCUUUUGUCGAAGACAAUGCUUCUUCGAACCCUGAUGAUGCUGAUGGCCCCAAUGAUGCUGAUGGCCCCGAUGAUGCUGAUGCUCCCGAUGAUGCCGAUGCCCCUCAUGAAACUGCUGAAGAAUUUAGUCAACCAGAUUUAACACCUGCUGGUGUUAUGGGGUGGCUAACUGGUCAGCAGCACAAACCACUUAAUGGAGAGGCAAUAGCUAUUUCAAUCAUGUUUAAUCACGAUUGUGCCAUUCAAUAUCCUAAUCAUACAGUUUGUUAUCCUGUUGUUGGUGCCUGUGGUAAAUCGGUAACACUUCCUGUAAAUCACAUGAAGACGUCAGCUGAGUUUAACAACAUAUUUUUUAGAGCAUACUGUGGUGGCCAAUCUUUUGAUAGGCAUUAA